AUGGCGGCAGAUUUGAGUGUCGCCAAUGCUGUUGUUGUUAUUCAGGUAAAUCAAAUAGAAACCACUGUCCCAAGACAACUUUGUAGAUUACUAAGUUGUACAAGAUUAUCUAAAUAUUGUCUUGUUUGUAUGCCCAUCAACAGGCACAAAUUCGAGGAUUCCUAGUUCGUAAAAAACUCCAAGAAGUCCGUAAGGAAUUUGAAGAAGUUCUACAAGAGUUAGAAAGCGACGUAAAAUUCGUGUGCUGGAAGAAAAAGGAUUUAGCGAUGCCACUGGUAACUUCCGAUCCCAAAUUAUUUAAGAGCACAAAUGAUGAAUCAAACCUUGUUAGCAGAGAAAAUGACAAUGAAAUAACAAGGAAACAAGGCUUAUUAAAGGAGGGAUUGCGUAGUUGUAGCAACGUCGACGAGACCGGUGGUCAUUCACUUGGAAAUGAAGUACUAAAUGAAUUACAUACCGAUCAAGUUGAAAAAGAGGAAAUUAUAGACCAUGACGGAACUAUACCGGAAAGAACUUCAAGAUCUGCAAGAUGUGAUGAUGAUUUUCGAAAGAACCUGGAAUUUCUUCCUGAGAAUGAGGUGGUCGAAAUGGAAAGUGGAAGCGAGAAAAGGCCUCACCCUGCAGAAAAAAGACUUGAAAGGCGAGAAGAUUUAGGUGGUCAUGAAGAAUUCGAAGAGAGAGGAUCUGAUUUGGGGGCUGAUAGAUUACCCCAAGAAAGAACGUUGUAUUCUUCUUCAGAUAUUCCUUUAAAUGGCGCUAUCAAUCCUCUGUUGUCCAGUAACGAGGAAGUAAAGGGAAAAGAACAUAACAAUGGAUCUAAAGCAUCGCCCAUGGAUUUGGGGCAAAGGAGAUCUUAUUUGAGGGAUCAGGCACUUCUCAGUGAUAGUUGGAUGAGUGACAGAUCAUUUGGUAAGCUAACAAUUAACAGCCGCUGUUUACAGUUAUACAGUGUGGGACAAUGUUAAUUUAAAACUUUUAGACAGAUAAAAAUAGAUGGGGCUGUAAGGACUUAAGCCCAUUUUUCACCAAAAUUAAAAGAAUUCUUUUUUGAUCAUAGUACAGUGGAACCCCGUUAAUACAGACACCAACAGGACACGCUAUAGUGUCCGUAUUAAGUGGAUUAAUUUUAGAGAAAAUAUAUAACCCUCUAUUUUGUCGGGACAAACUGUCUGUCAUAUACAGUUGUCAGUAUAAGCUGGUCCUGGGGGGGGACUCCCAUAUGAAACAGACGGGGAUGCUCGUCGGAAAUUUUGAAUUUAACCCCGAAAGGAGACCAUCUGUGCGUGGCUCAAGCAAAUUUUGACCCCUUAAAGAGACCGCUUAAAAACACACAAAUACGACAUGCAACGAGUUUUGAUGAUAUAAAGACAUAAUCAUCGAAUGCUUUUAUCUAAAAGUAGUUUUUAAAAGCAUUGUCAUAAAUCUCAAGCUCUUCGCAGAGCACACAUGUCCAAUAUACACAAACGGAUACGAUUCGUCAAACUGAUGGUCCAUUGGUACCAAUGGUACGAUUGGUACCAAUAGAAAAGCACCCUAUUCCAAUGGUUCUGUUGGUGCAUAUGCAUCUAAUUAAGGGGACUUAGAUUAUUUUCCCAUGUGACCUGGUUGGAUACAGGGCAAUUCCAAUGGUCUAUUGGUACCAAUGGUACGAUUGGUACCAAUGGAAAAGCACCCUAUUCCAAUGGUUCUAUUGGUGAAUAUGCAUCUCAUUAAGGGGACCUAGAUUAUUUUCCCAUGUGACCUGGCUGGGUACAGGGCAAUUCCAAUGGUCCAUUGGUACCAAUGGUACGAUUGGUACCAAUGGAAAAGCACCCUAUUCCAAUGGUUCUAUUGGUGAAUAUGCAUCUCAUUAAGGGGACCUAGAUUAUUUUCCCAUGUGACCUGGCUGGGUACAGGGCAAUUCCAAUGGUCCAUUGGUACCAAUGGUACGAUUGGUACCAAUGGAAAAGCACCCUAUUCCAAUGGUUCUAUUGGUGAAUAUGCAUCUCAUUAAGGGGACCUAGAUUAUUUUCCCAUGUGACCUGGCUGGGUACAGGGCAAUUCCGAUGGUCCAUUGGUACCAAUGGUGCGAUUGGUACCAAUGGAAAAUGAUGCCAUUCCAAUGGUUCUAUUGGUGCAAAACAAGUUCACUUUUACACCAAGUGAAAACGCGCUAAUAAUUAUUAUGAACAUUCCUCGUUCUAUAAGAAAACCACGCAAAACAAGUUCGCUUUUACAUCAAGUAAAAGCGCUCUAUAAUUCUUAUGAAUAUUCCUCGUUCUAUAUCCCAAUCACGCAAAACAAGUUCGCUUUUACACCAAGUAAAAGCGCGCUAUGAUUCUUAUGAAUAUUCCUCAUUCUAUAAGCCAACCAUGCAAAACAAGUUCGCUUUUACACCAAGUAAAAACGUGCUAAUAAUAAUGAAUAUUCCUCAUUCUAUAAGCCAACCACGCAAAACGAGUUCGCUUUUACACCAAGUAAAAACGCUCUAAUAAUUAUUAUGAAUAUUCCUCGUUCUAUAAGCCAACCAUGCAAAACAAGUUCGCUUUUACACCAAGUAAAAACGCUCUAAUAAUUAUUAUGAAUAUUCCUCGUUCUAUAAGCCAACCACGCAAAACAAGUUCGCUUUUACACCAAGUAAAAACGCGCUAAUAAUUAUUAUGAAUAUUCCUCGUUCUAUAAGCCAACCACGCAAAACAAGUUCGCUUUUACACCAAGUAAAAGCGUGCUAUAAUUCUUAUGAAUAUUCCUUGUUCUAUAAGCCAGCCACACAAAACAAGUUAAAACAAGUUCGCUUUUACACCAAGUAAAAGCGCGCUAUGAUUCUUAUGAAUAUUCCUCGUUCUAUAAGCCAACCACGCAAAACAAGUUCGCUUUUACACCAAGUAAAAGCGUGCUAUAAUUCUUAUGAAUAUUCCUCGUUCUAUAAGCCAGCCACACAAAACAAGUUAAAACAAGUUCGCUUUUACACCAAGUAAAAGCGUGCUAUAAUUAUUAUGAAUAUUCCUCGUUCUAUAAGCCAACCACACAAAACAAGUUGCCUUCUACACUAAGUAAAAAUGCGCUAAUAAUUAUUAUGAAUAUUCCUCGUUCUAUAAGCCAACCACGCAAAACAAGUUCGCUUUUACACCAAGUAAAAGCGCGCUAUAAUUAUUAUGAAUAUUCCUCGUUCUAUAAGCCAACCAUGCAAAACAAGUUCGCUUUUACACCAAGUAAAAACGCGCUAAUAAUUAUUAUGAAUAUUCCUCGUUCUAUAAGCCAACCACACAAAACAAGUUGCCUUCUACACUAAGUAAAAAUGCGCUAAUAAUUAUUAUGAAUAUUCCUCGUUCUAUAAGCCAACCACGCAAAACAAGUUCGCUGUUACACCAAUUAAAAACGCGCCAUAAUUCUUUUGAAUAUUCCUCGUUCUAUUGGCUAACCACGCAAAACAAGUUCGCUUUCACACAAAGUAGAAACGCGCUAAUAGUUACAAAGCAAGGGCGACCUAUAUAUCUAGCGCUAAUAAUAUCUCAAGGUGCUGCGAGUAUAACAAACAUCGUACGAACAUUAAAAUUGAAAGGGAACGCGUCACUGUCGUGUUCGUUCUGUUUAUUGUGAUUCACGAGCAAACAACAACAUGACAUAUGAAUGUCUUCUUUCCUGUACGCAAGCACUAUUUUUUGGUAAUUCUUACUCGUUAAAAGAACCCGAAACAACGCGGAAAGGCGCGAAACUAGCAAAGUGGUAUUGAGGCAACAGGUUUUAACAACUGUACUCAACUCACUGUGAAAUUAACUUCUGAAAUUUCUUAGCGCAAUUUCAUUAUCUACAUGAAGAGUUUCCGAAAAGGGUGGUUAUAUCAUGCUGUUGGUUAUGACUUUGUAUUGUAUUUGGUGGCUCCCAAGAGAGCCGUUUUAUAUUCAAGUGACUGAGUCACUUUUGACUGUUGACGUGGGGUUUGUCGUGGUAACCCAUUGAGGUACACCAGUUUGCUAUAAUCAACGUCAUAGUAAAACCAUUGAUGUAUUUAAUGUCAACGUUGUCGUUGACAAAUUGUAUUUGCCGUGCUCUUUUCUCGGCUGUAGCUUGCAAUGAGGCCCAGGACUGAGCUAGAAGAAUCCAUCUACUGAUGAUUUCAGGAUUGCACCCGUUGCCGUGGAAAAACAGCAGAAGUUUGAAUGUCUCCUUAUCACUCAUAAACAUGUGAAUCGACGGAGAUUUUUAUUUUAUAAUGGAUGCAUAUUCACCAAUAGAACCACUGGAAUGACAUCAUUUUCUAUUGGUACCAAUCGUUCCAUUCGUACCAAUAGACCAUUGGAAUUGCCCUUUACCCAGCCAGACCACAUGAGAAAAUAAUCUAACUCUCUUAAUGAGAUGCAUAUUCACCAAUAGAACCAUUGGAAUAGGGUGCUUUUCUAUUGGUACCAAUCGUACCAUUGGUACCAAUGGACCAUUGGAAUUGCCCUGUACCCAGCUAGACCACAUGAGAAAAUAAUCUAAGUCUCCUUAAUGAGAUGCAUAUUCACCAACAGAACCAUUGGAAUAGGGUGCUUUUCCAUUGGUACCAAUCGUACCAUUGGUACCAAUGGACCAUUGGAAUUGCCCUGUAUCCAGCCAGACCACAUGAGAAAAUAAUCUAAGUCCCCUUAAUGAGAUGCAUAUUCACCAAUAGAACUAUUGGAAUAUGGUGCUUUUCUAUUGGUACCAAUCAUACCAUUGGUACCAAUGGACCAUUGGAAUUGCCCUGUACCCAGCUAGACCACAUGAGAAAAUAAUCUAAGUCCCCUUAAUGAGAUGCAUAUUCACCAACAGAACCAUUGGAAUAGGGUGCUUUUCCACUGGUACCAAGCGUAUCAUUGGUACCAAUGGACCAUUGGAAUUGCCCUGUACCCAGCCAGACCACAUGAGAAAAUAAUCUAAGUCCCCUUAAUGAGAUGCAUAUUCACCAAUAGAACUAUUGGAAUAUGGUGCUUUUCUAUUGGUACCAAUCAUACCAUUGGUACCAAUGGACCAUUGGAAUUGCCCUGUACCCAGCUAGACCACAUGAGAAAAUAAUCUAAGUCCCCUUAAUGAGAUGCAUAUUCACCAAUAGAACCAUUGGAAUAGGGUGCUUUUCCAUUGGUACCAAUCGUACCAUUGGUACCAAUGGACCAUUGGAAUUGCCCUGUACCCAGCCAGACCACAUGAGAAAAUAAUCUAAGUCCCCUUAAUGAGAUGCAUAUUCACCAAUAGAACCAUUGGAAUAGGGUGCUUUUCCAUUGGUACCAAUCGUACCAUUGGUACCAAUGGACCAUUGGAAUUGCCCUGUACCCAGCCAGACCACAUGAGAAAAUAAUCUAAGUCCCCUUAAUGAGAUGCAUAUUCACCAAUAGAACCAUUGGAAUAGGGUGCUUUUCUAUUGGUACCAAUCGUACCAUUGGUACCAAUGGAGACCCUUCUUAUCACCACUAACACCAAUGGAGUCUAUUUGUGAGUAUUGGACAACCCUCUCGCAGAGCCCUAAACGAGACCUCGGCGGCUUAAAAUAUUGGUGCUUUGCCCGGAACACCCUAAGCGAGACCAAAAUCCAAAAUUUACACCCCUAAGCGAGACGACGAGCAUCCCCGUCUGUUUCAUAUGGGAGUUCCCCCCCCGGGAAGCUGGUGUCCGUACAGCAGGGGUUCACUGCACUGUUUAUGUGGCAUUUUUGUACAUUAUGAUUAUCAGUGACAAGAGUGCUUUGUUUAAACCUUAGAGGGGGGUACUCCGGAUUUCAAGUGAUGGGGGUCAUUGAAUAGAGGCAAAAAUCAAAACGCGAAAAACGUCCUCAGGGCUUCCAACAAAACCCAAACAAUAUCCAAAAAUUAACCCCCCAAAAAUCCCAUGCCAAAGUUCCCAUCCCUAACAAGUUCGGUUGUACAUUUCUGCAGAACUAGAACACGGCGCAAUACGUGAGCUAUACCAUGAAUCUUCAGAUUGUUUUGAAUACCCCCAAAAAUUUCAACGCCCAAAAAACUUCCAUCAUCCUCAUCACUUGAAAUCCGAAGUAGCUUCCCUCCCCCCCACCCCCCACCCCUUGGGCAUUUAAAAAGCUAAUUUUGAUGGUCUAUUCCUCAAGCAAGGUUAUGUAUAAAAUCCUAAGGCAAAUGCAUGUUAUGAUUUGGGACCAGGUUAAUUUUUGUUAAUGAAGGUUGGGGAGAUGGGGGGUGAGGUUAAGGGGUACUGGUACUGCAAAAGAGACAGUCUGCACGUUUUUCCAGAGGCUUGUACCUCUGAACAUGCUAUAGAUUAGCCUGCAUAGCAAGCAUUAAUUUGUUUUACCAGGGUGUUCAUUAGGCAUCGGAGAUUGGAGAAUUCUCUGUUUACAAUGAAAAAUUCUCCUGCUAACGUUCGGUAGCCUGUGACUAUUUUUAUUCAGAUGAGGAGUCUCUUUCAAAAUAUUUCUUUAGUAACAUUACCCCUUUCACCAUACUCCUGCUUCUAGAAUUCUUAAUGAAAACCCUGUUAUACACUGUAGACAGGCAAUACAUUGUUUUAUUUCUGCCCAUCAAUCCGGUGUUGUACAUGUCUCUUGUCAGAUCCAGUGGAAGAUGACAAAACAACAGCAUUUACUGACCUUCCCACUGAUCCUGUUAAACUACGUGAACUUAGAGAUCACAUUGGAAUGGAACUACUUUGGACAGAGCAAGCAAUACAAAGUAGGAAAAAGGUAAGAGCCAAGACUCCUUUAUUAUCCAAUACUACAUAAUUAUUUUCUUUACAACCAACCAUGCUUCUAGUACAAGCAUGUGGUAAUGGUCAGAUCAUGCAAAUGAGUCUCACCCAAAACACGGAGGGGUAAUAUUUAGAAUAAAAGUUUAGUGUACACUUUUAACAAGUGCACUCUCACGAGAAGGUCAUAAUAUUUCCUGACACGAACAUUGAAACUCGAUCCUUGAUCAUCGUGACGCGAGACUCCAUCCUCAAAAGUUUUGAGAAUUGAGAAUCAACUCUUGAGAAUCGAGUCUCAAGGAUCGAGACACAAGUGACUGUCAACUUACUUUUAAGUGGUACUGUAUGUAUCAUUCAUUCUAACUUUCGAAUCUGUGGACAAAAUCCUAUCAUAAGAACCUUUUUGUAGUAAAAGAACAGGAAACAUUGAGGUAUCUCUAGUUUUCAAAUCGUACAGUGCAGUCAAUACAGUUCACAUAUAACACGGUGUCAAUUUCAAGUGAGCGCCUUCCAGUGGUUGGUCGUUUGAUAUAGUUUGACUGCAUUGUGUGAUGGGAAGAUGCCAUUAUCCUCCAUUCAUGUUUAAAUGUUAUCAUUCAAAUGAAACUUCAGUGGCAGAACUUUUGCAUCAUAAGACUUAACAAAAAGAAAUAACGAAUUUUUUGGCAAGAAGGGGGGUGGGGGGGGGGGGUGAAUUUCCACUCUGGCCUCUGUUAAAAGUGAAAGAGAACUCUCCAUUUCUCUCCUAGUUUACACUCUGUGCCAGUACCAGUGGUGUUUGUUGAGAUUGCUAUGCAUGACUGAUUAGUUGUUAUGGUUGUUGUUUUCAGUACCUGAAUUUAAGAAAGGACCUGUCACAUCAAGAGUGUGGCUCUGAUUGA